AUGACUUCAUAUGAGUAUCUCAAACUGUCAUCUAGAACCACAGGUUUCACUCUGAAACUAAUUUCUAUUUUCUUUCUCACAUGUUUUUAUCAGAAAUGGGUUUUGGGACUGGCUGCUCUGAAAAGCCGUCUUUGCAUUGUUCCAGCGUCUGACUUCUUGCUCGCCGCAGCCACCUCCGCCGUGCACCUCCUCCUCCGCCGCAGACUCCGGCAGCUUCCUCACCAGAGUCCCCGAACUCGCACUUUCUUUGUAAUCCGCUGCAUUGCAUCACCGGCGUGCCCCACCCUGUCAGACGCGGCUGUGGACACCAGCUCCGAGAUCACCACCAAGGGCUUAAAGGAAAAGAAGGAGGUUGUGGAGGAGGCAGAGAAUGGAAGAGAUGCACCCGCUAACAGGAACGCUAAUGAGAAAAAUGGGGAACAGGAGGCUGACAAUGAGGUAGAUGAAGAAGAGGAGGAAGGUGGGGAGGAAGAGGAGGAGAAGGAAGAAGGUCAUGGUGAGGAAGAGGAUGGAGAUGAAGAUGAGGAGGCUGAGGCAACAACGGGCAAAUGGGCAGCUGAAGAUGAUGAGGAUGACGAUGCUGACACCAAGAAGCAGAAGACUGAUGAGGAUGACUAGACAGCAAGAAAGGAAAAGU